AUGCUUGUAGAUGAAGACUUGGAAUUUGUUGAUACCUCUAACAUUAUACAUCCUGCUGAUGAUGAUGGUGUAAAUAUAUUAGAAAACACAAUGCUUGUAGAUGAAGACUUGGAAUUUGUUGAUACCUCUAACAUUAUACAUCCUGCUGAUGAUGUUGAAGCAAAGUGA